AUGUCGUCUAAUCGCCGGACUCUCGCAAACGAUCAGCACGCAUCAGCGGCAGACGAGCCGCGCGCGCCCCCUCAGAGUCUCCCAUCUCAAGGUCAGUUGGAUUUCUCAAGUUUCUUUCCCGCGCUCGUCGGCGGCGGAGUACGCUCAGCUGCAAUUGCGGCGGCCGAAGCGGCGAGUUUCCCUGCUAUGGCAUCGGCGACGGGACUAGACGUGCAGCGUCCCAUAGCCACCCCAAGGUAUUUGUGCGACUCGGGAAGCGAUGCGGCAAGUUUGAAUUCGGAGACUCUCGCCUUUCUCCUCGCGAAUCCCGCCGCCGCGUUGGCGACACUGUCGCACACGUCGCCCAGCACGCAGCUCCCGAGAAACUCGUCGCACACUUUGCAAUUUGGCGGCGCGAUUCCAACUACAGGGCCGAGUCAGCAUUCAGUUCGGCAUGCUUCGCUCGCCACAGCGGAUUCCCUUGCUCACUUGACGACCCGCACAUGGCUCCCGCAACACACCGCAAUGAACGGCGGAGCUAGCGGCGCAAGAAGCGGCGUUCGGAUGGCCUCUUCCCCUUCCGACAGCAUCGCCGCAGCGGCGUCGGCGUUAAAUCACAACUUCUGGCGACCCGUUGACUCCGUUGACCAGCGCGCCGUUGACUGGGCGGGCUGCGACGUGCCUGCGUUGUCGCACCUGCUACUGCUAGAGCAGAUGCGACAGAUGCGGCAGAUGGAACAAGGGGAGCAAAUAAACAAGGCCGCGGCCGACUCCGCAAGACGCGGCGAAACAACAGGCGGCGGCAGCGAGCGCACAGAUUACGGCAGCUGCGGGGCGGGGGUUGGUGCUGGCGGCGUGAAUAACGCGGAGCGCACGUGGGAGACGAUCGGGAGUGGGGAGGAGCCCGCGGCGGGUGCUUCGAAUGGUUUAACGGCGGCGGACGCGGCGCUGCUUUCGCAGCUCCGCAGCGCGCACGACUCGCUUCCCCGCCCCUCAUUCCAAUCGCCCACCGCGCCGCGUGUUAGGACCCCCGCGUCUGGCGGCGACGCAUGCUGGGAAGCGUCCGAGGCUCCGGGCGCCGGGUUUAGGGAGCCUCGAAGACUGCGCGCACCAGACGGCGGGAGUUGCGGGCUACAGUUGGUGGUUGCGGAACAGCUGAACCAGCUGCAGCGAGAGGAGCGCCGCGACUCGCGGGAAGCACCGCGAGAUAGCGAUCUGGGAACGCGGCGCGGUGCGACGGGAGAGCAGCGGGAAUCCGGGCGAUACGACCAUCGGUUUGAGAGAGCGGUAGGAACUGAAGACACGUGUCCUGCACACGCGAGGCCGUCGCCUCUACUAUUUCUCACACCCGGCUUCCGCAAUUCCAGCGCGGGCGACAGGGAAGGCGGGGUGACUGUCGACGGUCGCAGCACGGACGGGCUUGCGGCCGACCUUGGUUUAGCGUCGCAACUGCUUGUAGAUGGUGUCGCGAUAAGCAAUAGCGGGGAUGCGAGCGGGAGCAGGGGGCAGCAGAAUUUGUGGAGUCCGAGCAACACGCAAAGCCGCAGCGGAAACGACUGGGGCUUGGGAGGCAGGGAGGAGAGGAGCAGGAGCGGCGGGGGCAUGGCGCCUCCCACUCGCCCCGCGAGUGCCGCCAUCACCAGCGCCAACGCCCGCGCUGUCGGCGCAACUGCUGCCGGCGCGGCCGCUGCUGGCGCAGCCGCUGGCGGAGCUUCCGCCGUUGCUGGUGCAGGCGACAGCACGCACCGGGACCCGCACGAGGCAGCACCCGCCGGGCAGGUGCCACGUGGCAGCAGGUCGAAGAGCGUUGGUCAGAUGCAAGCGGCUCGGAUUCUGCAGGCGCUGGAGCACGGCGCGCGGGAGAGAGCGCGGGGAGGCGCGCAGGGGCGCAACGAGGGCGAGGCGGAGAGGCGGCGGAAAGAGCAGGAGCGGGUGGCGUUUGAUUGGAGCGAGAAGGGUCCGCGGAGCCACAGCGAGGCGGAGAAGCGCAGGCGCGAGCGCAUCAACCAGCAGCUGAACGUGCUGCGCGCGCUGCUGCCAGGCGCGCGCAUGGGGAAGGCGGACAAGGCGAGCGUGCUGGCGGAAGCAGUGGCGCAGCUGCGCGCGCUGAAGGCAGGCCUGGAGGGAAGCUGCGGGGAAGGGGCAGCAGGGGCAACAUGGGCAGCAGCAGGGCUGGUUGGUUCCAGUCUGCUGGCAUGUGGCAGGGUGCCUGAAGCCACUCCCAGGGAGGACGAUGCAGUGGAGGUAGACCUGGUGUGGGCGCAUGUAGAGGAGGAGGGGAGGGAGGAUGGGUUGGGGGAGGAGGUGGGGGAGGAGCAGGAGGAGGAGCAGGGAGAAAUGGUCCGGAGAAGCGGAGAGGGGCUGACGGGGCGCAAGAGGAGGCGAGGGAGUGAGGGGGAGAGGGCGGUGUGUGUGUGCAUUUGGUGCGAGGAUGGGGAUGGUCUGCUGCCUGCCAUCGAGGCAGCUUUAAAGCCCUUCCCUCUCCGCCUCGCGAGCCUCGAGUCUGCCUCCUGUGCUUCACGUGUCGCCCACAUGAUGCUGCUGCAUGCCUGUCCUUCUCUGGCUGCUGCUACUGCUGAUACCGGCCCUGCUGCAUCUUGUCCUGUUGCUCCUGAUUUCAAGUCAGCAUUGGCUGCUCGCCCUCCUGGUGCUGCUUCUGCUACUGCAUUUGGUGCUCCAGGCCAAUCAGCAGCAGCAGCAGCUGAACAGGAGCAGCAGCACGAGGGAGUGGGGAGAGCAGGGGCAGAGGUGUACGAGUGCGGGGAGGAUGCUUCACAGGCAAUAAUAGCAGGUGGGGAAGGCGGGGUGGCUCAGUACGUGCGUGAGGUGCGGGCAGUGGUGGUGGAUGUGAUGGCUCGGUGGAGGCGAGGGGAGCUGGUCAGUGGCGGUGUGUGA